CGGCGAGAAAUUAAUGGAGAUAGGAAUGGCACUCAAAUUACCAAAAUUACAAAUGAUAGGAAAAACAAUUGACAAUAUUGAAAAGGAAAUCGAGGGCAAAUUAUGUGACCUUCAUCCUUGUUCAGAAUGGACGAAGUGGUUCGGUUGCACGGCUCGAGUUGGUCAGUUUGGUUCAAAGUUAAGGACACGGCGUUGCAGCGUGAAUAUGACAUCUUGUGAGAUAGACUCUAACAGCAGAACAGAGAAAGAGUUUGGAAUUUGUAUCAUGGAAAAGACUUGUCCUAAAGGGUAUAAUAUUACAAAAAACGGGUUUUGUAUGAAGUUUUAUGCUGACACCGAGGUGAAAAAAGAUGCCGCAGAGCAACAAUGUCAGAAAGAUGGUGGUCAUCUGGUAAAUAUCGACUCGGAAAUGAAGUUGUUUGAAGAUGUUAGUAGUCUUCUUACAGGCUUCAGUACUAACAUAGGAAUCUGGAUAGAUGGACAUCGUAAAGAUGCAAGUUCUCCCUGGGAGUACACAUAUGGAUCUCAAAAAACAUUCUUCAAGUGGUACCCGAGUGAGCCAGGCAACGGAUCAAAUGACCUUUGUUUGGUUAUUGCUUUGUACAGGUAUAAUGUUACAAAGAACGGGUUUUGCAUUAAGUUGUAUGCUGACAAACAAGUGAAACGAGAUGCUGCAGAAAAACAAUGUCAGAAAGAUGGUGGUCAUCUGGUAAAUAUCGACUCGGAAAUGAAAUUAGAGGAUGUUAGUAGUCUUCUUACAGGAAUCGGUUCCUACAUUUGGAUUGACGGACAUCGUAAAGAUGUUAGUUCUCCAUGGGAGUACACUUAUGGAUCCACAAAAGGAUUUUUCAAGUGGUACUCGAAUCAGCCAACCAACAGAUCAAAUGAUCUUUGUUUAGAAGUUAAGUUGCGUAGUGACGGCGUUAAAUGGUAA